AAAAUAAAUGUCUACCUUUCUGUGCUUGCUUGCAGCUUCCUUGUUAUUGGUCUCCGGCCAUGUGACGGUGAAUGCCUGUCCGCCGGCAGACAGGGCGGCGUUGCUGGCCUUCAAAGCUGCCCUUCAUGAGCCAUAUUUGGGCAUCUUUAACUCAUGGACAGGUUACGAUUGUUGUAAUAAAUGGUACGGUGUUACUUGCGAUCCAUCUACUAAACGCGUUGCCGACAUAAAUCUCCGUGGAGAGUCUGAAGAUCCGAUUUUCCAGAAGGCUCGCCGGACUGGUUACAUGACCGGUUCCAUUUCUCCGGCAAUUUGCAAGCUGGAACGGUUAUCAACUGUAAUUAUAGCAGAUUGGAAGGGGAUUUCCGGUGUUAUACCUCCCUGUAUCUCCUCCUUGCCGUUCCUCCGCAUUCUCGAUCUCAUUGGCAAUCAAAUAUCCGGCGAAAUUCCUUACGAUAUCGGCAAGCUUAGUCACCUGAUGGUCCUCAACGUUGCUGAUAACAAAAUCAUCGGUCGAAUUCCGAGGUCGCUGGCGGAUCUGUCCUCUUUGAAGCAUUUGGAUCUCAGAAACAACAUGAUUUCGGGAACAAUUCCACGAAACAUCGGGAAGCUUCGGAUGCUGAGUCGUGCUUUGCUGAGCGGUAACAGAAUUUAUGGACCUAUACCGGAAACAAUUUCUUACAUAUAUCGUCUCUCAGAUCUAGAUCUCUCGUUGAAUCGUCUCUCCGGACCGAUUCCUGAAUCACUUGGAAAAAUGUCGGUGCUAGGGACACUGAACCUGGAUGCAAACAUGAUUUCCGGCAAGCUACCGGCUACGUUACUGAGCUCCCGAAUUAGCAUCUUAAACCUCAGCAGAAACGCGAUCGAAGGCAGCAUACCGGACUUCUUCGGGCCUAGAUCCUACUUCAUGAUGCUGGAUUUAUCGUAUAAUAAGUUGAAAGGAGCGAUUCCUAAGUCCAUAUCUUCGGCGUCGUUUAUUGGCCACCUUGAUCUGAGCCAUAACCACCUCUGUGGUAAGAUUCCGGCGGCCUCGUGGUUGGAACACCUCGAAGCAUCGUCGUUUACUUACAACGAUUGUCUGUGUGGAAAGCCUCUUAAAGCUUGUUAAUUAUAAUAUUGAUUAUUUAGCCGCCUCGCCGGUCAUUGGUGGUCGUCGUCGGUGGUGGUUGCCGUUUUCAGGAUAGUUAUUUCAGUUACUGUUGGUAGUUGGACGAGCUUUUACGAUGUCGUUUAUGGUGGUUACAUAACUCUGUUAUAUGUAUGUGUAUGAUCACUUUACAGUUUAUAUAUAAAAGGGGUUGGUUUUUAAUGAU